CACCGUCAUCAUCAGGCAGCCAAAAUAAAAUAAUAAUAAGCAAAAUAAUACUGGAUCAGACUUGUUGAUCCAUCCACGCCGCGGGACAAGUCGUUUGAUCGAUCGAUCUCGCGCCGGAUUUUCCGUCUCCACGCCCGCUCGUGGAUUCCUGAUUCGUGAGGAAGGAGGGAGGCGGCGGCAAUGGCGGGGAGGGCCAACAUCCCGACCAACAGCUCUGCGCUAAUCGCCAUCAUCGCCGAUGAGGACACGGUGACUGGCUUUUUGUUGGCUGGAGUUGGCAAUGUAGAUCUCAGGAAGAAAACAAAUUAUCUUAUUGUCGAUAACAAAACAACAGUUAAACAAAUUGAAGAUGCAUUUAAGGAGUUCACCGCAAGAGAGGACAUUGCAAUUGUGCUCAUCAGCCAAUAUGUUGCAAACAUGAUAAGGUUCUUGGUAGAUGGCUACAACAAACCUGUUCCUGCUAUACUGGAGAUCCCAUCGAAGGAUCAUCCAUAUGAUCCAGCGCAUGACUCAGUUCUUUCUCGCGUGAAGUAUCUAUUUUCUGCUGAAUCAGUGGCGUCCGAUCGGCGAUAAAAGUCAGAUGCCUUCAUGUAUCUUGUUCAUAUUAUGUUGGGCCAUUUAAUAAAACCUACCACCAUUAUGAAAAUAGCAUAACCUUUUUUUGUAUUUGAAUGAGAUUCGGUCACUGGUAAUUUUUUUUGAGUAACUUCACUUCGCUGCAUAUUCAUAUUGUAAUCUUGACUGUUGAAUAACAUGCAAAUCCCACGUUGAUUCA